AUGCUUCAGGCACAACAAAAUGGACGCAACUUUACAAUUUUUGCCAGCGGUGGCUCCUUGACUGCCGGAGCGGCCAAACACCAGGAAUCCGCACCCGACGGUGCCCGAUAUUACUCCAAGUUGGCCAGCUACCUGAACAUGUUGUUGCUCACAACAACUAGUACCACCAGCAAUCAAAGUAGUGUCGUCGAAAAGCAAACCACCACAGUCCAGGCGAUUGGUCAAGAACACGGUGCCAGGACUGGUCUGCAUACCGCCAUCUUUUUUGACUCGUUUAUUCCUACCGAUACCGACUUGUUGCUCUGGGAGUUAGAGUUGAUUUUGGAAACCCCCAAGCAAACGUUGUUGGUGUGGCUUCAGGAGGUUAGCAGAAUGAAGACUCCGGCCAAGGUGAUAUUAUUGUACUACUGGGAUACUUUGUACACUCCUAAUGAAACCACCAAUGAAAUUGGGUGUCAAGUGUUUCAAGCCAAUUCUGACAUUGCAAGACAAUUUGACUUUGUCCUUGGUCAUGUCAAUGUUGCGUCCUAUAUCAAAGAGGGAGACUUUCCAGGAUGUAGCAUUUGGAAAACAUGUCCCCUACUGCCAGACACGCAUCAUGCGAGCAAGCUAGGGCAUCUUGCAACGCCAGUCUACCAUUGUGGUGGUACCAGUGAAAAUAAGUCCUUUUCCUUGAUUGCACCACUCAAACCAAUGAAGGAAGUUCGAGUGGUCUUGCUUGUCUUCAAGAGGCACGGCAGCAUAAUUAAGGUUGCCGACAUUGAUCUGUUCCUAAAUGGUGCCAACACGACAACGAAUGGAGAACUGGUCCCUAUGCAAGCAUCCAAAGAUCCGACCAUUCAUCAAGAGUGGCCGUGUCACUUGGUUGCUGGUUGGAGCGCAUUUGCGGAUACCUAUUGGUAUGUCUUUGCAAAGCCGCAACCAUUGGUUCAUUUGAUGCGGCUCUGUACACCAUCCAAAGUGAGGAGCACUCCAAAGAUACAGACUGUUGCAUUUUGGUGA